AUGCAACGAGUUCUACAUUUUAAAUCAAUAACAGAAAUUAUCGAUAUGUUUAUAUGUAUUCGUACAAGAUCAUAUGAUGAUGUAAUAAUUAUUUUAGAUAAUCAUCAAUUUCCUUGUAACACAUUGAAAAAAGAUUGGUGUAUAAAAAUGAUGAAAAAUCGGUUAACAAAUAAAGAUGUUGAUGAAAAUUAUUUAAAUCGACUUUCUGCUGGAAUGGAUUAUUUUCAAGUGAUUUAUGUUUAUAUUUGGCAAAGAUUAUUAACAAUUAAAGAAAGAUUUAUUAUGUUUAAUAACAGAAUGUAUAUGAUUAAUGGAAAAGUUGAAUUUGAAAAUGAAAAAAUUGUAUUAGAAUAUUUGGAUGAAAAUAAUAAUCUUAUCAAAAUAUUAGAUUUGGAAAGUUAUAUUUUAGAAAAUAAUGAUAUUAGUAAUAUAGGAGAAGUUAUUAGUGGUGAUUUAGAUAAUUAUUUGAAAAAAUGUUUAGAUGAAUAUUUGACUAGUCUAAUCAAUCAGAAAAAAUUAAAAAUUCCAAAUAAUUAUAAAGAAUUUUAUAAAACUCAAAAAUUCAAAUGGAUACAUAACGCAAUCGAAGCAUUAAAUUAUCAAGCAAAUAUACAUUAUGUUGUACAAGAAAAUCAAAUUAAACCAGUUGACUAUUAUAGUACGGGUAUUGUACAAAGUUCAACGAAUUGGAGCGAUGGUUUACAUCAAUUUUUACAAAUUAAACAUAACUUAAAAAUGACUUCGGAAACAUUUACGACAAAUUUUCUAUCAAAUAUUGGUUUUAUCAAUAAUUAUAAAAAUAUUUAUGGUUUAACCGGUACACUUGGUUCAGAUAAAGCAAAAAAAGUUUUAAAAGAAGUCUACAAUGUCGAUUUAGUCAAUGUUCCAUCAUUACGUCAAAAACAAUAUCUCGACCUGGAAACUAUCGUUGUUCAAGAUGAGACGAAAUGGCUAGAAAAAAUCUGUUCAACAGUACUUAUUGAAACUAAAAAAGAUCGAGGUAUUUUGAUUAUCUCUGAAAAUAUAGCUCAUGCAAAUCGACUUGGUGAUCUGUUGAAAAUUCGACAUCGAUCAACUGCUAUUAAACUUUAUACAAUGAAUAAUAUGAAUCAAGAGAGACAUGUUGAAAAAAUCUUACCGGGUGAAAUCAUUAUUGCAACAAAUUUAGCUGGAAGAGGAACUGAUAUACGUACAGAUGAUAUUGAAGAAUUUGGCGGUUUACAUGUUAUUUUAACAUUUAUGCCAAAUAAUCAACGUGUUGAAGAUCAAGCUUUUGGACGAACAGCAAGACAAGGCAAACGUGGUACUGGUUUGAUGAUAUUAAAUUCAAUGAAUUUAAUCGAUUAUAAUCAAGUUAAUACCAAAGAAGUUAAAUUACAAAGAGAUAUUAUUGAAUCAAAGAUAUUAGAUGAGUUUCAAAAUAAUGAAUUGAAAUUGAUUCAAAUCAAAGAUAAACUAUUUAAAGAAUUCUGUCGAUUUUUAAAUGAUGAAAUUCGCUGUGAUAUUAGAAGUAAACAAGGAUACGUUCAAAAAACAAUAGAACUAUUUAAAAAUGUCAUGCCAACUGUUUAUGAAACGAAUAUACUUGCAGCUAUUGAAGAACAAUGGGCAAUAUUCUUGAGAAAAUUAGAUGAUAAUAUUAUAAAAUUAGAUUAUGCCGAAGAAGAAUGCAGAAAAUUGAUUGUCACCUUGAGAAAAGAUUACAAUGAAGGAAAUAUUAUUAAAAAUGCAUAUUAUCAUACAGUAAUUGCAAAUGAUAUUAUUGUAAAUGAAUGGUCAACACAUAGCUCUUCGAAAGCUAAACGUGCUUUGAGUCAUUUUGAGAAAGCCGUUCAAUUAGAUGAAGCUAGUUCUGGUUUGAUAUAUUCAGUAUAUGUCAACAAAGUUGGUCCCUAUUCAAAUCCUCAAGAAACUUAUCAUUAUUAUUCAUUACCGGUUUGCAGACCACAAAAAAUUGUAUCAAAAGAGUUAACGUUAGGUGAAGUAUUAUCGGGUGAUAGAAUGGCACAAUCACUAUACGAAAUUACAUUUAAUGAAAAUAUCCCAAAUAAACUUUUGUGUGAAUUACUAUUAGAAACAAAAGAUGUUCAAUCAUUGGAAAAGUCUAUUGAAGAAUUUUAUUACUUUGAAUUUGUUGUUGAUGAUAUACCCUGCCGUGGUUUUGUUGGUCAAGUGGAAGAGACGAGCAUUAUACCUCAUACACAUAAUAUUUACAUAAUUUAUGUCAAUAUAUCAACAAAAGAACGGACUCCAACAUUAUUAAAAGAUGAUGGAACGUCGGUAUCGAAAUUAGAAUAUUCAUAUAGUGCAAAAUGGCAUGAAACAGACACACCAUAUAAACUUCGUGCAAAAUACUUAUCCACAACUGGUUUUUUUCCCGAAACGUUAGAAUCUCGUAUACUAAAGCACGAUUUUAACCAUGUAAAUGAUGACGAUAAUCCGGAAGGAGACAAUGGAUGGAAAAUUAUUCAUACCGAUGUAUUUAGAUUUCCCAAUCAACGAGCACUUUUCUGCUCCGUAUUAGGUGAAUAA